AGCGCCAUAGCCACGGUAGUCCUGGCGACAAGAACCCAGCAACGAGAAUCAACAACAACAGCCCGAUACAUUGAAACAAUAAAAAAACCUAAAAGUACAGGUGGAAAAUUCACUCGGACUAAGAGCUUUUCAACAAGGCUAACUUGAUGGCAACUACAGCCUAUGUGGAGGAGCUGCAACAGACCUCCCAACCUCAAGGAGGUGUUGUUACUGUAACAUCAGGGCAACCUGCAACUGCGACUACAGCCCCUCAGCAGUUUCUGGCCGAGCUGCAGACCACUGUAGCCUCUGGCUCAGCAUCAACGCCCACAGGCCAGACCACGCCCCCUCCUGCGCAGGCACAGAAAACACCAACAGUUGCCCAGACCCCACCCACUCAAGCCCCACCCACACAGACACAAUAUGUCACAGCUGAGAUUCAGAGCUCACCCACACAAUCCAGCAAUGCCCAGAGCACACCACAGUACAUUGUGGUCACUGUUACAGAGGGCUCCCUCCAUUCCAGUGACUCGGUCUCAGACUCCAGUCCUCCUCCUGCCGUGGUGCAGACUGGAGUUCCUACACAGGUGGUGCAGCAGGUGCAGUCAGUCCAGCAGAGGUCAGUGGUGCAAGCUACAUCUCAGUCAACCAAGACAGAACAGGGCACCCAACUGAGCGUCACCAGCCUACAGCCUGUACACUUGACUCAGGAGCUUCAGCAGGUGCCUGUGCAGCAUGUAUACACUAACCAAGUGCAGUAUGUGGAGGGAGGAGAAAACAACUACACUACCAGUACCAUUCGCUCCAGCAGUUUCCCCUACACAGACACUCCUCUGUACACGCAGACUAAUGCGGGCCAGUACUAUGAGAGCACCCCAGCCUCUGCUUCCCAGGCCGCUUCCCCCGGUACCCCUCUCACCGUGGCCGUUACCACGGGCUCCACCGGUGUCUCCAUGUUCGUGGCGGGCACGGGCCAGAUCGUGGCCAAUCCCGCAUCGGGCACGGCGGGCGGGGCCACGGCGGUAAUUGCGGCGUCGGGGGCGGCGGCUAAUGGCUCUGGGGAGGGAGGAGGUGGGGCUAAUGGCAGCGGCGGAAGCUACGUGAUUCAGGGCGGCUACAUGCUGGGCAGCAGUGGCUCCAGCAACAGUGGGAAUGGCCAGAGUUACUCGCACAACGCCCGUGCCUCGCCGGCCACCGUGAGUAUUAGCGAGGGAGAGGAGAAUAGCGUGCCGUCGGCAGACAAAAAGCUCUCCUCUGGCCCCCAGGUGCAGUGGUUGUUGGAUAAUUAUGAGACGGCAGAGGGCGUGAGCCUGCCCCGCUCCACUCUGUAUUGCCACUACUUGCUGCACUGCCAGGAGCAGAAGCUGGAGCCCGUCAAUGCUGCUUCCUUUGGCAAGCUCAUCCGGUCCGUCUUCAUGGGCCUGAGGACCAGGCGCCUGGGCACCCGGGGAAACUCUAAGUACCACUACUAUGGCCUGAGGAUUAAGGCUAGCUCCUCUCUGCUCCGGCUGAUGGAGGAUCAGCAGCACCUGGCCAUGAGACAGCAACCUUUCUCCCAGAAACAAAGGUUGAAGCCAGUGCAGAAGGUGGAAGGAAUGACCAAUGGAAUGUCAUCAGGGGCGGGGCAACAGCAACAGCAGCAGCAAGGUUCAGGGCUUUCAGACAUCAGUGCUCAGGUGCAGCAGUACCAACAGUUCCUCGAUGCCUCUCGUGCCCUCCCUGAGUUCCCUGACAUUGACCUGCAAGCGAAACCCUUGCCAGAGGGCAUUGAGCUGGAGCACAUCAAGAGCUUUCAGCUGCUCUACAGAGAGCACUGUGAGGCCAUCCUGGAUGUGAUGGUCAACCUGCAGUUCACACUGGUGGAGACCCUCUGGAAAACCUUCUGGAGGUUUAGUGAGAACCAGGCUGGAGAUGCAGCCACUUUGGCUGUUCACGACGAGUCGGAGAAGCGUCUGCCAAAGUCAUGCCUGGUGCUGCUAUGUAAGCAUGAGCCCGUGCUGCGCUGGAGCCGAGACUGCGACAACACGCUGUACCAGGGCCUGGUGGAGAUCCUCAUCCCAGACGUCUUGAGGCCCAUACCCAGUGCCUUAACUCAAGCCAUCCGUAAUUUUGCCAAGAGUUUGGAGAGCUGGCUCACUAACGCCAUGAUGAACAUUCCCGAGGAGAUGGUCCGUGUUAAGGUGACAUGUGCGAACGCCUUCGCGCAGACCCUGCGCAGGUACACCUCGCUCAACCACCUGGCCCAGGCAGCACGCGCCGUACUCCAGAACACUGCGCAGAUCAACCAGAUGCUCAGCGACCUCAACCGAGUCGACUUCGCUAACGUGCAGGAGCAGGCCUCUUGGGUGUGUAGGUGUGAGGAUCGGGUUGUGCAGCGCUUGGAGCAGGACUUUAAGCUCACCCUCCAACAGCAGAACUCUCUGGAACAGUGGGCGGCUUGGCUCGACGGUGUGGUCUCACAGGUCCUAAAACCCUACCAGGCCAGUUCGGCCUUCCCAAAAGCUGCCAAGCUCUUUCUGCUCAGGUGGAGUUUCUACAGCUCUAUGGUGAUCAGAGACCUGACCCUGCGUAGCGCGGCGAGUUUCGGCUCGUUCCACCUGAUCCGUCUGCUGUACGAUGAGUACAUGUACUACCUUAUAGAGCACAGAGUGGCACAGGCCAAAGGAGAGACUCCCAUCGCUGUCAUGGGAGAGUUUGCAAGCCUUGGACGUAGUCUGAAUACACUGGAUCCUGAUAAAGAAGAGGAAGAGGAGGAGGAAGAUGAGAGUGAGGAUGAGUGUCAGGAGCUUGCUCUGCCCUCUGAUGGUGCUGCCCUUGGGGAGGAGUCUCUGGAACCACCUGCCAAGCUGGCCAGAACUGAUCAGAGAGUACUCUUCAGCACGGGCAAUGCACAGAACUGAGAACACACCCCUUACCACACACACACACACACCUUACCACACAAAUGAGCAAACACAUAUACACACAUGCACACACGGCAGUAAUAUUCAGUAUCUACACAAAGCGGAAAAUAUGCUGCAGCCCACACAAAUCUCUAUUCUCACACUCCCUCACACUCACAGUGAAACUGAGGCUCACUCACACAUUCUCUGCUAGGAGCGCACACACACGCUUGCACACACACACUUAAGACACAGACACUGGCAUAGUUUUAAUAUGGUAAUACAAGGCAAGCUUACUGGAAUGAUCCAGUAACAGAAAUGUCUUAGAACCCAUAAUUGUUCUAAACAAACACACACACACACACACACACACACACACAAAUCUCACACACGGCCCAAUAUCAGAAUGUGUGUGUGUCAGUCAGUUCAGUGAUCAGCUAAACACUGGAAUUAAAUCAUGGAUCAUGGAAUGACUGGAGAUGGUACUCAGCUUUGAGUGCCUACAUGCGGUUCUGUGGAUAUCAAUCAAACUCCUGAAGCCUUUGAGGGCAAAACAGGCACAUGUAGGAGAUGGCCAAUUGGCUGUUAACUUGUGUGUGCGUGUGUGUAUGUUGUGCACUGUUUGCAGGUGCCCCAAAGUGUGUUGUCUGUGUGUUUGUGCGUGCACUGGGGCCUUCCUGCUGUGGUCAUUUUAUCAACCUGAGUGGAUGUGUGUGCUUUUGUGCUUACAUGUGUGCGUGCGUGUGUAUAUAUGUGUGUGUCUGUGGUUCUCAAGAAGUGUUGAUAGUUGUUUUUUGAUGGUGGAUAUUUUCAAAGGCAUCCCAUAAUCUCACUUUUUUGUUCUUUGUUGCCUUCGUUGAACACUACUAUGUGUUACAGGUGAAGAUGCAGUUUAACGAGAAAGAGAGGGAUAUUUUUCCUCUCCAGCGUGUCACUUUAAUUCUGUUUCCCCUGUAUUUGGGCAAUGCUUUCUUUGAGAUAGUCUUGUCCUGUAAACUCGUUUUCAGCCUUAUGGAUUUAUUUUCUCUAUGCUUUGUCUUUUUGCACUCUGUAGUUUCUAUAUGUGCUGAACUUGGUAUGUGACUUAUUAUGAGCAUCAGUCUCUUCCAUGUUCCUCACGAUGUGGCACUAUUCUCUAUGUUAGAAUGGUGACUUGCACCAUUUUUUUCACAUUUCAUGGUCUGUUGUGUAUUUGAUGUCUCUGGUUACUGAUUCUGACCUCUCUUUCACGAAACUGCCUACACAAACUGUUAGACCCCAGAGGGAGGGAGGGUGUAAACAUAUAUGUAUAGGAAAGUCAUUUUUGCAGAGCAUACCAGGGGCAUGGGGAGUGGAUACAGGAUUGGAGCAGUGUAGUUUUCCCAAGGCAUUGCUGUCUGUCUUUGCUCUGUCUGCCUUCAUCUUCCCUUCAGCAUUCCGAAGCGGAGACCAAGCCACUCUCAGAAUCCCGGUCUGCCUUUUUUGGAGCAGCUUUGUUUGUUUUAGUCUUUCCUUGUAUUGUAACAAAAACUGUUUUCUGAAUUCUAAUUUGUCUCCCAUUGUUUGAGGGAUCUUAUAAUAUGUCAAAUCAGUUCACUGUUUACUUUAAUACAUGUUUAGCAUUAUUUAUUAGACUGAAGCAACAUUGGCUGCACAGGUGUUGACCUGCCAAGAUAAACACAAACCAGCAUGUACUUUUCCUUCCCGAAGAAUCUACUAAUACAAAGAAAAAAAGACAUAUCAUAAGACUUCUGAAGAGCCUUUCAGUACAAUAGCCAUUUUCAGAACUUAAAGAAAUUCCCUUUUAAGGUUGUUUCAGUUUCUUAUUAAAAUAAAAGAAAAAAGAAAGAAAAAAGAAGGUUAAAAAAGAGUGGCAGUGUUUUAUGAAUCUUCUGAACCACGAGAAUGAUUGUGCCUUUUGGAGUAAUCAAAUGAAAUUCAAAUGUUUUGAAUUUAAGAUGUGAAUAAAUGAAUUUCUAAAAAUG